AUGGCUAACAUGGCAGUACAGAUCCUGGGCUUCUUCCUGGGGAUGCUGGGGUUUGUGGGAACUGUAGUCUCCACAGUGCUGCCCCACUGGAGGAGUACAGCCUAUGUGGGGUCUAACAUCAUCACAGCCACAUCAUACAUGAAGGGCCUGUGGAUGGAGUGUGUGUGGCACAGCACUGGCAUAUAUCAGUGUGAGGUCUACAGGUCCAUGCUGGCUCUGCCCCGGGAUCUGCAGGCAGCCCGAGCUCUUAUGGUCCUGUCUUGUGUCACCUCUGUACUGGCUGGUGUGGUUAGUGUUUUGGGGAUGAAGUGCACCUAUUUUGCACACCGCUCCAUCAUCAAGUCCCCCCUGGCUCUGAGCGGAGGCGUCUGCUUCAUCUGUGCUGGGAUCCUCUGCCUGAUAACUGUCAUAUGGACCACCAAUGAUGUGGUAAUGGAGUUCUAUGACCCAUUCCUCCCUGCUGGCUUUAAAUACGAGAUUGGUCUGUGUGUAUACCUUGGUUAUGCUGCUUCAUGCCUCAGCUUGGUUGGGGGGGUGGUGAUCUGUUGGAGCAGCAGUAGAAGAAGUGGGUCCAGACGUCCAGAGUUUCACACACAGAGGAGUCAACCCAUGUCUCCUCCUCCAGCUUUUAACAACAUCUACCCUCCUGCUCCACCUUACAACCCCCCAGAGGCUCUCAAAGACAACCGGGCUCCUUCUGUAACCUCUCUGUCCAGCAAUGGAUACAGACUCAAUAACUAUGUUUAAAUAUCACACUAUGGAGUCUUUGUAUCUUAUGAUUCUGGACUAAAAUCAUAACUUUUAAUAGAAUU